AUGUCUUCCCCGUCCGACAUUAAAGAUAACGGCGACUGGACGGUCAUUUACGAUGACCAGAAUGAGGAAGAGAAAAACAGCAGGAAAGAGGAAAAGCCUUCUAGGAGGAGGCAGUCUCUAGCAAUACCUAAGACCAUGUGUAUCAUGUCUGACAACAAAACUGAGAUAUCAACGGUAGCGGAGCUGCUCUCUCCGAAGUUGAAAUUACCUCAGCUGGGCAUUGACUCGGCGGAAAGAGUGUUUCCUGUUCGCUCGGUCGUCUCCAUUGAUUCCACGCCCUCGUCUGCCCUGCAGACACCUUCCCUCGAUAAGCUCGAAACACCGAUAUCUCCUUUUUCGGACACAAGGAGUGCAGGGUCCACCAAUGAACAAGCGGGCUCGCUGCACAAGAAUACGCCCGGGAAGGGUAUGAAUGCGGAGGAGGGUGUCUCACGGGGAUCCGACUAUCCCACUCGACUACACCAAAAGAGUGAUGGUGGGAGCGAGACUUCAUCGACUCUCAAAGGACAAUCAUACACUAGCCAUAAUCCCAACAUUUUGGCACAAUUGACAAGCACUUUGCAAAACGGUGGCGAGGUGCUUGACUUCCACAAAAAAACAAAAGGGAUAUACUAUUCGCAUGAAGAUGAAGAGGACAUUUUCAUUCAGUCAUUCGGUGCACUCGUUGUGAUGACUGAGUCCGACGGUAACUUUGAAGUGCAAAUAGCGAGCGACAACUCCAAGGAGAUUAUUGGGCAUUCUCCUGAUGAACUCUUCGAGCUUCAAACAUUUUGUGAUAUAUUGCCAUUCUCGCAACGGAGAAACUUUCUUGCUCAUGCUGAAUUCGUCUCGAGCGAUGACUACUCGGUCGAGCAAUCAGGCCCUGAGGUUUUUUCUCUUUCUCUGUUAUCAUCCGACGGAUAUACCCAAGGUACUUGGUGUACCAUGCAUACGAGCGCAGUAUAUAAAAACUAUGUCAUUUGCGAGAUUCAGCCCGAUGCUCAAGGGACAAAGGAUCGCCCUCAUUUGGAGAAUUCAGAAAGUCAAACAACAACGUCUGAAAGCCAGGCAUUAGAUAUGACUUCUGGAGCAUUUUUCGAGGCUCUAAGUCCUCCGGGAAAGGGUCCUGAUACCAGAAAUAGCAAAAUUCCGGACUCGUCAGAGCUUCUCAAUACCAAACCCCGGAUUCUCCAGCGCCUUGCAAAUGCCCAAACACUCGAAGCUCUUCUUCAACAUACCAUCACCACUUUGCAAAAUCUUGUCGGGUUUGACAGAACGACCAUAUAUCACUUUUAUAGUGAUCGCAACGGGACCGUGGUCGCCGAUGCGGUUGAUCCUUCGUCCGGUCUAACUUCGUACGAAGGCAUGCAUUUCCCGGAAUCAACCUUCCGCGAAGGAUUGAAGAAACUAUAUACGCGCAAUACUGUAUGCUCCUCUUGUUCUGGAAGGCAGGGCACUUCUAAGCUUGUCUAUCGGGCUUCCACCAACAAAAUGCCCCUCGACAUGUCAAAGACCUAUCUCUCUGCAGCGCCGGCGUCCUCAACGCCGCAAACCGACAACCCCGUCCAGGCCUGUUUGUCAAUCCAAAUCAAUGUUUUUGGCAAGCUUUGGGGUCUCAUAUCAUGUCAGUCCUACAACAGUAGCCAAAGCCUCCAUCCGCUCAUCCAGAAAGUUUGUUGGUUUGUUGCCGGGGCGGUUUCAAGUAAUAUUGAGCGUCUGUCCUACAGUUUACCCUAUCAAUUCCAAGAGCCGGACAUCCCCCUAAAUAAAGUGAGCACAUCUCAGGCUAUCAAGACUCCACCCGGUGAUCUUCUCAGUCUGUUUGGGGCAGAUUACGCCGCAGCGUCCAUUAUGGGCGAUGCCAAGAUCUUGGGAAAACCAACCGAUUCACAGGAAGUUCUGGCGUUGCUCGAAUACAUGAAAGCUAAAGAGAACGACACUGUGUUUUGGUCCGGAGAUAUAGCUGCUGAUGUUCAGGAUCUCAACUACGCACCUGGCUUCCAUCAUCUUUCUGGUUUGCUUUACGUUCCUCUUUCAGUGGAUGGUCGCGAUUUUAUUAUCUUCUUCCGGGCUGAUCUAGAAAGCCAUAACCUCACAUCUGAUUCAGAAAGGUCGAGUCGACAACAUGAGUGGUCGUCCACAGAGUUUGGAAAGGCGUCUGUUCUGUCCUUGCUAUAUCGCACUUUCACCGAUAUAUGGCAAGAGAAGGAGGCUACGCUACAGAACAACCAGUUGAUGAGGCUUUUACUGGCUAAUACUGCGCACGAGUUCAGAACACCUCUCAACGCCAUCAUCAACUAUCUGGAGAUUGUUCUCGAUGGACCUCUAGAUCAAGAAACACGAGAUCACAUUUCGAGAUCUCACUCGGCCUCCAAGUCCUUGGUAUAUAUCAUCAAUGACCUUCUGGACCUCACAAAUGCCGAAAACGGACAAAGAUUGAUAAAGGAUGAGGUAUUCGAUCUCUCAGAGACCCUCACCGAAGCAACGGACAUUUUCUGGGAAGAAGCACGACAGAAGCAUGUCGACCUCCAGGUGGUCCAACACGCAGCCCUACCUCCCGUGCUCGGAGACCAACGACGGGUACGCCAGGUGAUAACAAACUUGAUCAGCAAUGCUAUACAGCACACAUCCGCAGGUGCAGUGACAAUCGAGUCUUGUAUCGUACCGGAGCUGCUGGAGCUAGAUCAUAUCUGUGUUGAAGUGGCAAUACACGAUACUGGGUCUGGCAUGUCCCAAGAGACUGUCGAAACCUUGUUCUGCGAGCUGGAACAAGUCUCCAACAAGGGAUAUAUGCAGAGUCCUAAGUCCUAUGAGCGCACUCCAGGUGACGAUACCACUGAAACUGAAAGUGUGCUUGGUCUGGGCCUCGCAUUGGUCGCCCGAAUCGUGCGCAAUAUGAACGGGCAGCUAAGCUUGAAGUCCGAACAAGGCAAGGGAAGUUGCUUCAAGAUCAGGCUUGCGUUUCCUCUUCCGGAUGAAGAUAGUGGCCAAAAGCAGAACACAUGUGCCACGUCAAACGACCAUCUGCAGGAAGAUGAAAGAAAUCAAGAGACAAAGCAAGACACCAUAUCCUCAAAUUGCGUAACAAACAAGCGAAAAGGGGGUAUUCCAUGUGAAUGUGGUCAAAGUCCAGAACUGGGAUUAGAGCAAUCCCUCGUGAACAUCGAUGUAAGCUUGAAAACCGGCGAAUCAAGAAACAUCUCCCUUUCUGGCCAGCAUCUCGAACAGAGCAACGAGCCAGAUAAGCAGACCACUAUCCUUCCAAAGCAAGAUUCUAGGCAACCAUCAGGAGCAUCCAAAUCUCCCAUCCAAGAACCCCUACCGAUCUCACCACCCACAGAAUCCCCAACCAACCAGAGCGUCUCUCCCACGAUGGACUGGAACCUCCACGUCCUCGUUGCGGAAGACGACCCAAUCAACAGCACGAUCGUCCAAAAGCGCCUCGAGAAAUUUGGCCACACAGUGCACAUGACAAGCAAUGGCAAAGAAUGCGCGUCUGCCUACAAAGCGGAUUCGACGCGAUUCGAUGCAGUGCUGAUGGAUCUACAAAUGCCUAUCGUCGAUGGCCUCGGUGCAACGCAGAUGAUUCGCGAGUUCGAGCAGCAAGAGCUGGCUAAUGAGAACACGCCAGCGCCUCGCAUUCCCAUUUUUGCUGUCUCGGCUUCCCUGCUCGAGGAGAAUCGAAAGAUGUAUAUGGAUUCGGGCUUUGACGGGUGGGUUAUGAAGCCGAUUGAUUUCCACAGGGUCGAUCGGUUACUUGGGGGUGUUAGGCUUCAGUGGGUCCGGGAGGAAGUUGUUUACCAGCCUGGCGUGUGGGAGGCUGGAGGGUGGUUUGAAGCAUAG